UUUAGAUAGGUAUUUGUGGGAGUAGUCUACAGGUAUGUUAUUCCACUCGUUUUCAAAAAAAGCAGGCAAAUUUUGUCCAGUUAGUUGAAAGACGCGAUGUUUUAGGAUCUUAAUAUUUGAUAAUUUGUGAUGGAAGAAAAGGAAUCUUAACUAGUGGGAGAGACAUACGGCAAAAGAAAAGGUGGUAAAUAAUGAAACAAUGAGUAAAUAAAGAAGGGCGCGUUGGUUGGAAGUUGGAAGCGGCGUCGUAUCUUAUUUCUUCUCCUCUAUCCCCAAAAAUAAAUCCAGCCCAUUCUCAUCUCACCACCGCCUAGCAAUCCUAUCAUAACCCCAAUUCCUCUUUUCCGUAUAAAUAAAUCCCCUUGUAUGCAUCAAUCAUCAUAAUCCAGAUUUCUCUACUCGAAUUCCAGUUUCCCUUUCGCUCCAUCCCUAAAAGCUCGAUUUUUCUCUUCAUUGUGAAUGGUGGAAAUCCCCAGUUUGUCGUUAAUGGUCGUCCCUUCUUCAUCGAGAAGGGGGAUUUCUGUUUCUUUCUGCUUCGGAUCCUGCAAGGAGGGCUGGUACUACCGCUGCCUUGGCGUCGACCCGUGAAUUCCUUGCUUUGGUUUUUUCCCCCUCGCAAAAACAAUAACGAUUCGGUUUUGUGAAGGAUUCUUGUCUCUUCUCUUUUUUUGGAUUCCCAUUCCUCCUCUUUUUUUAUUGAAGAAAUCUUUGAUAGAAGAAAAAAAAGAUGUUGCUUCAGAAGCAGAAGAAGAACCAGGUGGCGAAGGGCAACCGGUUUCUGAUUAGCGUUACGGUGCUGGGGAGCGCUGGGCCGAUUCGAUUCGUGGUGAGUGAGGAUGAGCUCGUUGGUGCUGUGAUCGACACUGCUUUGAAAUCGUAUUCGCGUGAGGGCAGACUCCCUGUGCUUGGAUCCAAUCUCGAUAAUUUCAUUCUCUACUGCCCAAUCGCCGGAACCGAAGCUUUGCUUCCAUGGGCGACGAUUGGAUCGGCUGGUGUGCGAAACUUCGUGCUGUGCAAGAAGCCGCAGACGGAUGAUAUGAAGGGUGCUUCGCCUCGGAAGGGCGGCGGCGGAGGUGGAAUUUGGAAGGCCUGGUUCACCAAAUCUCGCACCCACAAGAUAUCCUCUCAUUAGAAUGGGAUUUCGAGUCUGUUUUUGCUUUCAAAUCCAACAUGUCACAUGUUUGAGUCGAAUAAUGCAUAAUGUAAACCUUCAGGUUUCAGCACAUUAAUAAAAUCGUUCUUCUCGUUA